AUGAAGGUGGAAGUGUUCACCGAAACGUCAGAGGAGGAGAGAAGGGUCAGGGCCAAUGACAGAGAGUACAAUGAAAAGUUCCAGUAUGCAAGUAACUGUAUCACCACUUCCAAGUACAACAUCCUUACCUUUCUGCCCAUCAACCUGUUUGAGCAGUUUCAGGUAGUGGCCAACACCUACUUCCUCUUCCUGCUCAUAUUGCAGUUGAUCCCUCAUAUCUCUUCACUGUCCUGGUUUACCACCAUCGUGCCUUUGGCGCUGGUGCUGAGCAUCACUGCUGUGAAGGACGCCACUGAUGACUUUUUUCGCCACAAGAGUGACAACCAAGUCAACAACCGUCGGUCACAGGUUCUCCUCAGUGGCUUGCUUCAGAAUGAAAAGUGGAUGAACGUUAGAGUGGGUGACAUCAUCAAACUGGAGAACAAUCAGUUCGUGGCAGCUGACUUGCUUCUGUUAUCCAGCACUGAACCCCACGGUCUAUGUUACAUUGAGACAGCUGAACUAGAUGGAGAGACCAACAUGAAGGUGCGCCAGUCUGUCUCGGUGACUUCGGAACUUGGAGACCCCAACAAAUUAGUUCAGUUUAAUGGAGAGGUGAUCUGCGAGACCCCCAACAAUAAGUUGGAUCGUUUCAGUGGGACUCUGUCCUGGAGGAACAAGAAAUACCCUUUGACCAAUCAGAACAUGCUCCUUCGAGGGUGUGUUCUACGCAACACAGAGGCCUGCUACGGUCUUGUCAUUUUUGCAGGCCCGGACACCAAGCUAAUGCAGAACAGCGGUCGCACCAAGUUCAAGCGUACCAGCAUCGACCGUCUGAUGAACACAUUGGUCCUCUGGAUAUUUGGUUUCCUAAUGUGCAUGAGUCUCAUUUUGGCUGUGGGCAACGCCGUGUGGGAGCGAGAGGUGGGAUCACUGUUUCAGAGUUACCUACCUUGGGGUCCUCCAGUGGAUGGCUUUCUCUUCUCUGCUCUCCUCGCCUUUUGGUCCUAUGUGAUCAUUCUUAAUACAGUGGUGCCCAUCUCUCUCUAUGUCAGCAUGGAGGUUAUAAGACUGGGCCAUAGCUACUUCAUCAAUUGGGACCAGCACAUGUUCUGCCCACAGUGCAACACAGCAGCCGAAGCCCGGACUACUACGUUGAGUGAGGAGUUGGGUCAGGUCGAGUACAUCUUCAGUGACAAGACUGGAACCCUCACUGAGAAUAUAAUGAGUUUUAACAAAUGCUCCAUCAAUGGACACAGUUACGGUGACCGAAUGUCUGUAUCUCUUCUACCUCAAAAAAUCCAGAGCCCCGAAUAUGAAUGUGACUAAACAACAUUAUUUUUCUUCCAGAGGUUGGACUUCACUCCUUUCAAUCACCUAGCAGACCCAGAUUUCUGUUUCUUUGACAAUACACUGCUGGAGUUGGUCAAAGUGGGAGAUCCCCACGCUCAAGAGUUUUUCCGCCUGCUCUCUCUCUGCCACACCGUCAUGAGUGAGGAAAAGAGUGAGGGGGAGCUGGUGUACAAAGCUCAGUCUCCAGAUGAGAGGGCCCUGGUGACAGCUGCACGGAAUUUUGGAUUUGUAUUCCGUUCUCGAACACCUAGGACCAUCACCACCACAGAAAUGGGACGAUCCAUCACCUACACGCUGCUCGCUAUCCUGGACUUUAACAACUCACGCAAAAGGAUGUCAGUCAUUGUCCGUAACCCCAAGGGCAGGAUCCGCCUGUACUGCAAAGGUGCUGACACUGUGUUGUUGGAGAGGCUCCGCCCCUGCAAGCAGGACCUGAUCAAUAUCACCUCAGACCACCUCAAUGAGUAUGCAGCGGAUGGGCUGCGGACACUGGCUCUGGCAUAUAGGGACCUGUCAGAAGAACAAUGGGAGACUUGGUAUGAAAGCCACCGCUGCGCUAAGAAAGAAGAAGACCUUCUGUCGGCUGCUUAUGAGCAGAUAGAACAAGACAUGACGUUGCUGGGUGCAACAGCUAUAGAGGACAAGCUUCAAAAGGGUGUCCCAGAGACCAUAGCUCUUCUUUCCCUGGCCAACAUUAAGACAUGGGUUCUUACAGGAGACAAGCAAGAGACAGCUGUCAACAUAGGCUACUCAUGUAAGAUGCUGACCGAUGAUAUGACCGAGGUGUUCAUCAUCAGUGGACACAGUGUUCAGAGAGUGAAGCAGGAACUAAGGACAGCGAGGGAGCAGAUGAUUGAGAAGUCACAAACCAAAGACUCUGAAAAAGAGGAGGUGUUUGAGGGGUCCGAUAAGGCCUGCUUCAAGCGAUUCAGAAACGGAAGAAAACAGUCAGAGUUCUCCCCUUCCUCCAAUUUCAUGGACAACAUAUUUGGAGAGUUUGCCCUAAUCAUCAACGGUCAUAGCCUGGCCCACGCACUAGAAGCAGACAUGGAGGAAGAGUUUGUCACGACGGCGUGCGCUUGCAAAACAGUAAUUUGCUGCCGCAUGACACCAUUGCAAAAGGCUCAAGUGGUGGAGCUGGUGAAGAAACACAAGAGGGCCGUCACCUUGGCCAUAGGGGAUGGAGCGAAUGACGUUAGCAUGAUCAAGAGUGCUCAUAUUGGAGUUGGGAUCUCAGGACAGGAGGGUAUUCAGGCCGUGCUGGCCAGCGACUACUCCUUUGCCCAGUUCCGUUUCUUGCAGCGCCUCUUGUUGGUGCACGGUAGAUGGUCCUACCUACGUAUGUGCCGCUUCUUGUGCUACUUUUUCUAUAAGAACUUUGCCUUCACCAUGGUGCACUUCUGGUUCGGCUUCUUCUGUGGUUUCUCUGCCCAGACGGUGUAUGAUCAGUUUUUCAUCAUGCUCUACAACAUCGUGUACACCUCUCUGCCUGUGCUUGCAAUGGGCAUAUUUGACCAGGACGUGCCGGAUCAAAGGAGUCUGGAGUAUCCAAAACUGUAUGAGCCUGGCCAACUAAAUCUGCUCUUCAAUAAGCGGGAGUUCUUCAUCUGCAUCACCCAGGGCAUCUACACAUCAUUGGUGCUAUUUUUUGUCCCUUACGCCAGCCUAGCCGAAGCCUCACAAAGCAGCGGAGAGCCUCUCGCAGAUUACGGGACUUUUGCCGUUACCACGGCAACAACCUUGGUCAUUGUAGUGAGUGUACAGAUCUCACUGGACACAGGCUUCUGGACUGUCUUCAACCAUGUGUUUGUGUGGGGUUCGUUGGGUUGCUACUUCGCCGUCAUUUUUGCUGUACAUAGUCAGACACUCUUCAGGAGCUUCCCCAAUCACUUUGAUUUUUUUGGCAGUGCUCAGAGCGCGUUAUUGCAGCCAGUCGUGUGGUUGAAUAUUGCGUUGGCGACGGCAAUCUGUAUAGUUCCAGUUUUAGCAUUCCGCUUUUUGAAGUUGGACCUCAAACCUCAACUCUCGGAUACGGUGCGCUACACUGAGCUGGUGCAUCAAAAGAAGCAUAGACGAGCAGGUGGUCGCACGCCAUCCACCUGGCGCAGUGCAGGCAUCGUUUCCGAGGGCCACCUGAGAACUAGAGGGGGUUCCUGGAGGUCCGGCUAUGCCUUUGCACACCAGGAGGGCUUCGGGGAGCUGAUCACCUCCGGGAUGAACAUGUGUCUAUCGUCACUGGCUCUGGCCAACUUCGCCACCAAAUGUAGCUCCAGCUUGAUUGACACCUUGCGCAAGAAGAAAUACUCUCACACGGCCCCUGGUACGUCGAAGGAAUCCACACCUGGGCUCUCGCACUCCUAUUCUCUUCAAGAGUGCUCGCGGGAAGCACCCAUUGAAGAAAAAGAAAUGGUCCAAGAAUCCCGAGUUAUUCCUAUGACUUCCGCUUCAACAGGAAACUUAAAGGAUCUUUGGGAAUCAGCAAAUAGCAUUGGCUCACCCCUGGUUGAAAAACACCCGAAUGGAGUGAGAAAACUGACAAAAGAGGACGUAACUAAGCGUAGUAAAUUUGCAAUGAUGCUUUAG